AUCAUUUCUUUUCUUUCUUUUUCUUUUUUCUCCCUUCUACUGGACCGUCCCACUUUGAGCUGAAGUGGGCGAGCUGGGAUAGGCUGGGAGUGUGCUUAGCGCUCGUGAAAGAGAGAAAGAAAGAAAGAAAGAAAGACAGAAGGGGGAGACGCGCAAACUAGGAAGUCUGCAACUUUUCCCGGAUAGCGUAACCUGGGACGGGAAAUAGGACGACCUACCGGAGGGGGGAAAAAAAAAAAUCAUUUUGAAGGUGCGCAUCUGGGAGACGCGGAUGACUAAGAACCGUCACGGUGCAAACUUUAUUCAUCGCUCACUUAUUGAAAGCCCGUCAGAUUGAUCUUGGAGCUGAAAUACCGAGGAGGACAUCAUGCCAAGGAGGACCGUGCAAGAAGUGACCGUGCAAGAUGUUCAAAAACGGAGAAACCCCAGCAAACAUUAUUGUAAAGAAAAAAUAAAGAAAAAUGACAAGGUGGCCUACUAAGCAAAUGGAUUUUGGUCAACCAUGGUGGGAGCCUGGGCUACAGUAUCCUGGCCGGAUAAUGACUUCCGUCUUUAACAGGAAGCGGUGUACAUGAACCGGAGACGACAACAUGUUUACAUCAUCAAAGUUUCCUGGACCGAUGGCAGCACCGAACUCAUUUACAGACGCUACAGCAAGUUUUUUGACCUGCAGAUGGAGCUGUUGGAUAAAUUCCCAGUGGAAGGAGGUCAGAAGGACCCCAAGCGAAGGAUCAUCCCGUUUCUACCGGGGAAGAUCCUGUUCCGGAGGAGUCAUAUCAGAGAUGUGGCAAUGAAAAGACUAAGGCCCAUCAACGAGUACUGCAGGGCCCUCAUCCAGCUGCCCGUCUACAUCUCACAAUGCGAGGAAGUCCGAGUAUUUUUCGAGACCAGACCCGAAGACCUCAAUCCACCCAAGGAGGAACCAGCAGGAAAGAAGAAAUCAGGGUUUGCGGAGAGAGCCACCACUAUCCUAAAGCGAGGAGACGGCAAUUCAGCUGACCCGCUCCUUUUGGACCAGUUUGUGGCAGUAACAGACUACGAGAAGCAGGAAAGCUCCGAGAUCAGUCUCCGGGUGGGUCAGGUGGUGGAGGUCAUUGAGAAAAACGAGUCAGGCUGGUGGUUCGUGAGUUCAGAGGACGCCCAGGGCUGGGUUCCUGCCACCUGCCUGGAGGCCCAAGAUGACCCUGAUGACUUCACUAUUCCAGGAGAGGAAGAGGAAAAAUAUUCUGUGGUUUAUCCGUAUUCGGCACGGGACGAAGAUGAGAUCGACUUGGAGAGAGGAAUGAUUGUGGAGGUCAUUCAGAAAAAUUUAGAGGGAUGGUGGAAGAUCAGGUACCAGGGACGCGAGGGCUGGGCCCCAGCUUCCUACUUGAAGAAGACUGACAUUCAAAGCCAGAAGCAGGCAGCGGGCGGCGCCACACACGCCAGCACCAACGACCUGGACGGAUUCUCCAAACAGAGCCAGCCGACCCGUGAGAACCGAGAGGGCAAUCAGAAAGAAAACAGACUCUCGUUCUUUUCCGAUAACAAAAAAUUCGGUUUAAGACAGAGACCUCCUCCACGCAGGGAUCUUUCUAUACCACGUGGUACAAAUCUUCCCAAGCCGCCCGGUCCUCCGCAAGUCGAGGAAGAGUUCUACACAAUAGCGGACUUCCAGACCACCAUCCCCGAUGGGAUUAGCUUCCAGGCUGGAGUAAAAGUGGAGGUGAUUGAGAAGAACGGCAGCGGCUGGUGGUACAUUCAAAUAGACGAGCAAGAAGGUUGGGCCCCGGCUACGUUUAUCGAAAAGUACAAGAAGACAAGUAAUGCUUUGCGGCCCAAUUUCCUGGCGCCGCUACCUAAUGAGAUGGAGAAGCUGCGACUGGAGGACAGCGCUUCUUCAAAUGCCCCGGCCAAAGAUGAUAGCUGGUCUAAGCCUUUACCGGAUGAGCCCUCCGUAGUCCCUGAAUCCUGUACCAGAGUCAAGCUUAGAGACUGGAAGUCCGGUGCUACCAAGUCUGCCUUCUCCGGACCGCUGCCUCCAGCCCCCGCGGCCCCGCCUGAUGACAAACCAGCUCUACCCCCGCGAAGAGAGUCCAUCAAUAAGAGUUUGGACUUAGAGGUGGCAGAGAAACCGGCCAGACCGGAUCACGCCAAGCCUUUGCCCCCCAAACCACCAACUCCCGGAGUUAUCAUGCCAAAGGCGGCACCUUUCAAACAAGACAAAACCCCAGAAGCAAAGAAAGAGGACAAGAGCAAAGCGCUUCAUCUUCGCAAUGAAAUGGGUCUGGAAUGUGGUCAUAAGGUCUCUGCCAAAGAAGUCAAGAAGUUUAACCUGAAGCCGGUACCCAAGCAGCCACCCAAACCCAAGGCCGAAGUUACGGAGGAGAAACCGGAGGCAGCUUCUCCGGCGGUAUUCAUGAAGCCCAAGCCUGUGCUCCGACCUAAACCCGUUCCAGCCGCCAAGCCGGACCAAGCAGCAGAGACCAAAGUCGACAUCACCAACCUGAGAAGUAAGCUGAGGCCUUCGAAACCCGUGGACUCCGCUUCAGCGGAGGUCAACCAUCACAACGAUGCCCCGGCGGCGGUCCUUCCGAGCGCACCGCCCUUUCACAUCGCAUCUCUGAAUAACGGCAAAAAUUGUGACGAACAGAAAUUCCCCCCUAAACACGUGAACGGCCAUAGUGGCGAGAGCUCGCCACCUUCUGCAAAACCGGCAGUCCCUCCCCACAAGGAGCCCCCUCUGAGACCCCCGGGUUUAGCUCCAAGAAGACCUCCUCCUCCAAAGAAAACAACCCCUUCCAGCCCAACUGAGAUCAGAUCAGCAUGGGCUUUGAAAGACACUCAAGAUCCUCCUAAAAGUGGACCGCAACUCAACAGACCCCCGCCCCCUAAACCAAAGGGCUUUUCUCCGCCUAUCCAAAGCAAAGAAAAAGAAGAAUCCAAGGGGAACAAAAUUACAAAUCCCCCAAAGCCCCAAGUGAAGAGCGACAAGCCCGGCCCGCCCAGAGACAAGCUCCCACCUUUGCUGAAGGAGUCCAGUAAGGACGAGCUAUAUCUGGCCGUGGCGGACUUCGAUGGCGACGACCCGUCGUCCACCUUCAAGGUGGGGACGCUCUUUGAGGUCCUGGAGAAGAACAGCAGCGGCUGGUGGUUCUGCAAGAACAUAGGAGAAGAUGUUGAGGGCUGGAUCCCUUCAAAUUACUUGAGCAAGAAACCUUGAAGCACUCAGACGCAAUACUGUAGAUUAAAAAAAAAAAAAAAAAUCACUAUCUAGCUAAUAUUCAUUUUUAAUUUAUAGGUACAGUUUUUGGUUACAGGUUACAGGUAACCACGCUUUCUCUAAUAGUAAAGCCUCUUCAUAUGCAGAAAUACACCGACUUUUGUCGUAAUAAAACAAUGGGUCCUAAAUAGUGUCAAAAGCAAUAGCAUAGGAGGCGGGGUGUUAUACAAUAAUCCUAUAUAGUUAUUAUAAUAAAAGAUAUUUUGUAAUAAACGUGAAAAUCAAAACAUACCGGCCGCUAUCUGAGAAAAUGGCAGAAUUGGAAAUGUUUAGCAGAUCAUAAUUGCAACAAAAAAAAUGUCUGACCAAUGUACAGCACAAUUAUUAUUUUUUUGCAACAAGGCUUGACUGGUCUCAAGCGUGGUCAGUGUAUCAAAAAUAUUUUCUAUUGUAGAGAAUAUCUUAAAUGUCUGUCACUUUUUUUUCCCAUUUAUUCUCAUCUUUUGUUUACCGAUGAAGGGACCAGCAAGAGGAAAGGAGUGAGAUUAAUGAGGAAGGUGGCUGAUAGGUGAUCUGGUUUGGAUCCAAUGCAUUCUAUGGUUAUCACGAAGCAAAGUAGGAAAAAUAAAAAUGUGUAGACAAUCCGACAAGACUUAAAUAUUGAGUCGCUAUGUUCAUUUGAUACACAAUGAGUGUGAGGGAAGUUAGGUGCAGAAGAUAAAAGGUAAACGUAUGGUUCGGUGAUGUCAUCACGGCAGUAUUGUGGUUUGUCCUUUUUUUAUUAUUACAUUGAAUUUAAGUCAAUAAACAAACUUUUUUUUCCA